UAUAGAGUAGAGUAGUAGAGUCUGUCCUUUGCUUUAGUUUGCAUCGUUGAGGUGUCUAUAUAUUGUGGCUUGUCCUUUCAUUCUUGAUAUACUCUGCAUCUCAGUGAAUGUAUGAUUAUCAUUAGUAUUUAUUAUUAUUAAAACUCCAGUGUUAUUAAGUCUGAAACAUUGGAUUAAAAGAAAAUUUGGGCAUGGAAGGGAAAGUGGUGAAAUCACGAUUUAAUAGGGUUUGUGUGUUUUGUGGAAGUAGUACUGGCAAGAGAAAUUGCUACAGAGAUGCUGCCAUUGAAUUGGCCCAAGAGCUGGUUUCAAGAAGGUUGGACCUUGUCUAUGGAGGAGGCAGUAUUGGGCUAAUGGGUUUGGUUUCUCAGGCUGUUCAUCGUGGUGGAGGGAAUGUUCUUGGGAUCAUCCCCAGGACUCUAAUGUGUAAAGAGAUAACGGGUGAGACGGUUGGGGAAGUAAGGGCAGUAGCCGACAUGCAUCAAAGAAAGGCAGAAAUGGCCCGCCAUUCUGAUUGUUUUAUUGCCUUGCCAGGUGGGUAUGGAACUUUGGAGGAGUUACUAGAAGUGAUCACCUGGGCUCAACUCGGUAUCCAUGACAAGCCAGUGGGUCUGCUCAAUGUUGAUGGCUACUACAACUCUCUCCUCACUUUCAUUGACAAAGCCGUUGAUGAUGGUUUCAUCAAGCCCUCUCAGCGCCACAUCAUUGUCUCAGCUCCCAACGCCAAAGAGCUUGUCCAAAAACUCGAGGAGUACGUGCCUGUGCAUGAUGGUGUGAUAGCAAAGGCAAGGUGGGGGAAAGAUCAUGGCGUUGAGCAGCAGCAGCAGCAGAUGGGGGGGUUCAAUGCCGCUACUACUUUGCAGACUGAGAUCGCACUAUAAAGAUGGAAUAUGGACAAGAAAUAUAACAAAAGGAAAAAAAUAGAAAAAAAAAAAAGAAAGAGGGUGGGGAAAAAAGUUAGGGGAAAAGGUGUUUUGGGCUCUUUUGCUUUUGAUGAUCUGAUUUUUGGGGUCAUAGACCAACCAUACCAUAAUGGUAUGGCAAGUCUUCAUUGACUAGGAGAUAAAUGGAAAAACAUGGACAGAUGCUUGUUUUUUUUGUGUAUAUGCCUAUAUAUUUACGUAUAUAUAUAAUAU